CCACAAUCGCGCAGCAAUAUGACGCGAUCUGACAGAGUGUUGGAGAGGUUUUUUGCGCCAGUUUAGAGCUACGAGUGAGAGAUAGCGCUGGACUUGGACUAAGGAGACGGGUCCCAAGCUCUACAAUAUCGGCAGAAAUCCGUCGCGCCAUUGAAACCCAUUUUCUAAUACCAAAAAUCACCCGAAAAUCCGAAGCUUUCAAGUUUCAACUGUCGUCGUUUUCAAAUUUUAUGGGGUUUUCCUUGUGCCCCCAACCACUUAAUUCUUCUUUCAUUCAUCAUCGAUUCCGGCCGUCCAUUCCGCUAGGAUUUUACAGGACGAAGGUUUCGUGUCGAGCAAUGCAGCAAGGGGAGGAAACUGAGAAUGCGGGUAAAGUGCCGGUUCCUCACGUGUUGACGGUGGCUGGCUCCGAUUCCGGCGCCGGCGCCGGCAUCCAAGCCGACCUCAAGGCUUGUGCCGCGCGCGGUGUUUAUUGUUCCACCGUCGUCACAGCUGUCACAGCUCAGAACACCGUCGGUGUACAGGGUGUGAAUAUUAUCACUGAGGAUUCCGUUAGGUUGCAGUUGAAGUCCGUGCUAUCUGAUAUGCACCCUGAUGUUGUCAAAACAGGUAUGCUUCCUUCACCUAGAAUAGUCAAGAUCCUCUGUGAAAGCCUCAAGGAAUUCCAAGAAGCUCUGGUGGUAGAUCCUGUCAUGGUAUCUACAAGUGGUGAUGUACUGGCUGGUCCCUUGAUUCUGUCGAGCCUAAGGAUGUCUUUAACGGCCAUGGCUAAACACUACCUAUGCAGCCACUUGGUUAUACCAAAGGGAAAGGAGGACCUUCUUCCCCUGGCUGAUGUAGUAACGCCAAAUUUAAGAGAAGCAUCUGUUCUACUUGGUUGUGCACCAUUGAAAACAAUUGCUGAUAUGCGUUUUGCUGCAAAGUCUAUACAUGAUUUUGGCCCUCGCUCCUCUUUCUUGAAGAGAAUGAAGAAUGCAAUUUCUGUUGCAAUUGAGCUUAAGCAUGCCACUCUUUCUUCUGUGCAGUUGUAUAGUAGUGACCCAAAUUGGUUUAAGAGCCCUGUUUUAAAUGUACUUGUGAAAGGAGGUGACCUUCCUGCAUCAUCCGAUGCUGUCGAUGUCCUGUUCGAUGGUCAGGAGUUCCAUGAGUUCCGCUCAGCCCGAAUAAGGACUUCAAAUACCCAUGGAACUGGCUGUACUUUGGCUUCAUCUAUAGCUGCUGAGCUAGCUAGAGGUUAUUCAGUGUUCUCUGCUAUUAAGGUUGCCAAGCGCUACAUAGAAUCGGCCCUCGAUUAUAGUAAGGACAUUUUGAUUGGGGGAGGUCGUCAAGGUCCCUUAGACCAUUUAUUGAAGCUUAAGAAUAAUGCCCUGCCGCAUGCUGGUCGGCUUUUUGAUCCAAAUGACCUUCUCCUGUAUGCUGUCACGGACUCAAGGAUGAACAAAAAUUGGGGUCGUCCCAUGAGUGAUGCCGUGAAAGCUGCUGUAGAAGGUGGCGCUACAAUAGUUCAACUAAGAAUUAUCUGCUUGCUGAACUCAAUUGCAUGCUCAUAUAUGGCUCAUUGUAUUGCCCUAUCUGAUUUUACAGAGAAUUGGCAACUCAUCUUGCAAAUUCUCUCAAUCAAAAUUUCAGCUUCUAAUGACAAACACUGCCAACCUCUGAUUCUCAACUCUUCACUCCCUCAGCAUAAAAAAUCACUUCUUCUAUCUUGCAGAGAGAAGGAUCUCGAAACUGGGGAUUUUCUAGAAGCUUCCAUGACAUGCCUCCGAAUAUGCCGGGCCCACAACGUGCCUUUCCUCAUUAACGACCGUGUAGACAUCGCCCUUGCAUGUGGGGCAGACGGGGUCCACAUAGGCCAGUCGGACAUGCCAGCUCGUGUGGCCCGGGCCCUCUUAGGCCCGGACAAAAUCAUCGGUGUCUCGUGCAAAACUCCCGAGCAAGCCGAGAGAGCGUGGGCAGAUGGGGCCGACUACAUUGGGUGUGGCGGAGUUUACCCGACAAAAACGAAAGAGAACAAUGUUAGUGUGGGAUUGGAUGGGCUGAGAAAGGUUUGCUUGGGUUCGAAGCUGCCGGUAGUGGCGAUUGGGGGGAUUGGGGUUUCUAAUGUGGGGUCUGUUGUGGGGCCCGGCCUGCCGAACCUGAGAGGAGUUGCGGUUGUGUCGGCAAUUUUCGACCGGGAGUGUGUUUCGAGCGAGGCCCGGAAUUUGAUGAAGGUGAUAUUGGACUCGAUGGAUGGUGCUAAGUAUCGUGGUUUUGUUCUUCUGUGCAUGUGGAACUCCGACUCGCUAUUGGUAUCUAUAUUUUUUGUUUUCUCUCUUCAAUAG